GUUUCAACUUCUUUUUGGUCUGUUUUGGAACAGCGAUGCUGCCUGAUUCAACUUCAGCUAUUCUUCUCCUAAGCGUCCUCCUUGUUCACUCCUCUGUUCUGUCCUGUCGGAUCGGGACCCAAACAGAGUGUGAUGCUGCUCCUUUUGUACCAGGCCACAAUCUGGUGGGGGAAGGUUUUGAUAUAGUUACACUGGAGAGGAAAAGAGCUCACGUGAUUGAUGUGAGAACUUACCUGAGCCCCAACAAAACCUGUGUUCUCUGCACCAAUCCUCUUCAAAACGAUGCCCUCCAAAAACUUCCAUCUUCUGUUGUGGACUUCCAUGCCAUCCCUCGAUGUAAUCCUGAAAUACACAACAGUUUUCAUACUUCUGCUAGCUCUCUGGUUCAGGCUUACACAUCCCAAGACACCAAUGAUUGGACGGGUGGCUUGGAAAUUGAAAAGUUUUUGCUUGACAACUUCGAUGUGGGAGGAACCGGCUCCAAUACCUACAAGUUUGUUUCACAAAAGAUCAAAGAGGAUCGCUACACUUUCAGCAUACACAGUGUCACCUGCAGUCAUUAUGGAUUUAUAUUAUCAUCCAAACCUCCCUUAAGCUUAGAGUUCAAAAAGCAGUUAGACGUCCUGCCAACUCACUACAACUACUCCACAAAGAACGAGUAUACAAACCUCAUACAGACCUAUGGCACACACUUCAUGAGACUGGUUCAUCUUGGAGGGCGACUGAGACGAAUGACAUCUUCACGAAGCUGCUUGUCCUCCCUGAAUGGAUUAACCUCAAGUGAGGUCCAUAACUGUUUAUCUAUGGGUGUUGCUGUUGGCUUGGGGAAGAUGAAACUCUCUAGUAUCCCACAUUCUUGCAAUGUUGUCCUAAAAAACAAGGACUUUGCCACUGGCUACUACUCUGAAGUCCACCAUCACUUCACAGAGGUGUCAGGAGGAAAUAGUUGGUUGGGGGAGUUUUUAACUUUCGAAAAUGAUUCCAUGGGCUUCAUGAACUGGCUAAAGAGCCUAAAAGAACAUCCAGAUGUUGUUUCAUACUCCCUUCGACCUCUCUAUGAGCUCAUUCCAAGCAAGCAACAACAGGAAGAGAUGAAAGCUGCUAUUGAACAUUAUUUGGAGGACAAUGCUUUGUGGAACUUACCCGAAGAACCACACUGUGACGACAUGACUCCUAAUGUGGCCUCUAACUGCUGCCCUCUGCACGUCUCAAGGGGAACUCUAUCAGUGACCAUUGUUCGAGCCUGGAGUCUAUACGGAGAUGAUCUUGGACCAGCUGACAGCUAUGCCAAGAUGUACUAUGGUUCCAUACAACGCAGGACCAAAAUGUUGGAUCACAGUAAUCCGAGGUGGAACACUGAGUUUAGAUUGGGCAUGGUUGACACAAGCCUGGCUCUGAAGAUUGAGGUUUGGGAUGAAGAUCCGAAAUAUGACGACCUUCUCGUACAGUGCGUGAAGUACCUGAGCCCUGGCACUCACACUUUCACGUGCACAGGAUUGUAUGGAAAUGUUAUGGCUAAAUACACACUGACCUGUGAACCGUAUCUGACUGGAGAAAAGUGCAGACGUUAUAAACCAUCUCCCUUAGAGACAGAAGAUUGGUGAGUUUUGGGAAUGAAAGCAUUUCAUUUCAUCAUAUAAAAUUAACUCAGUAAAUCUGACAGAAACUCAUAAUUUAUAUUUAAUUGCUUGACAUUUUUAAAGACCUACCUAAAUGUGUAUUUAUCAUACAAUGAAAAAAAAUUCAAGAUUCUGUGUAACAUUUAAUCACAAGAAACUACUAAUAUGCAACCAGAAAUUGUUUUCCCUUUAAUAACUAUAAAACUUUUGAAAUUGCUACAAAUUGUUGACUUCGUAUAUUUUUGACCAAUCUUGUAUUAGUUGUAUGAAUUAUGUCUUAUAUGUGUUACUAUAAAAGAGAGAGAGACGUAGUUACGUUACAGGACGUGUCACAAAACUAUUUGGUCAAGACCUUCUGUAUGCAGCAAAGCGAAGAACCAGGGGACAAAUUUUUCAACCUGAUCAUUGUUUCCUUACAGUUUUAUGGUUAAAAUCAAGAGGUGCUGAUGAAAUGUAUUAAUUGAAAU